AUUCUUACCGUGUCCGCCGAGUUGAAACGAUUCUCAGGGACGGAGCCGCAAAGGAGGAGGGCAAGACUCCCGCAUCAUCGCGCCCGCUCUUUCGCUCACCAGCACCGCGGUCUAACGAGAGCAGCUGCGUUUCAACCGUGUAACAAUUUUAACAUGUGUCGACUCGCUGUUUUGUGAACAGUGCGCGUUUGGUGGAUGCGUGCGCGGGGAUAAGCAGAAGACGAUGAUUUUGUCGGGUCUCCUCUUCCCCGCGUUAUGGGGACUGGCGCUCGGCGGAUCUCCAAGCGUCCAAAUCGGUGGCCUGUUCCCCAGAGGAGCAGAUCAAGAAUACAGCGCGUUUCGGAUCGGAAUGGUUCAGUUCGGCACGACCGAAUUCCGCCUCACUCCUCACAUUGAUAACCUGGAGGUGGCUAACAGCUUCGCCAUAACUAACUGCUUUUGCUCCCAGUUUUCUAGAGGAGUGUAUGCCAUCUUUGGCUUCUAUGAUAAGAAGUCAGUGAACACCAUCACGUCGUUCUGCGAGACGCUGCACGUGUCCUUCAUCACGCCCAGUUUUCCAGCUGAUGGACUUAACCAGUUUGUUCUGCAGAUGAGGCCUGAUAUCAAAGGGCCUCUCAUCAGUCUGGUGGAGUAUUACAAGUGGGAGAAGUUUGCCUAUCUGUAUGACAGCGACAGAGGUCUGUCUACCCUGCAGGCAGUGCUGGACACAGCGGCAGAGAGGAAAUGGCAGGUAACAGCUAUAAACGUCGGAAACCUGAAGGAUGAGUGGAAGGACGAGGCAUAUCGCUCCCUCUUUCAGGACCUGGAGAACAAAAAAGAGAGGAGAGUCAUUUUAGACUGUGAACAGGACAAAGUCAAGGACAUUAUGGAGCAGGUGAUUACGAUCGGUCGACAUGUGAAAGGAUAUCAUUACAUCAUUGCGAAUUUUGGCUUUGUGGAUGGAGAUUUGUCCAAGAUUCAGUAUGGAGGAGCGAAUGUAUCUGGAUUUCAGAUAGUGGACUUUGAUGACCCGCUUGUUGCUAAAUUUGACCAGCGCUGGGAGGCACUGGAGGAGAAGGAGUACCCUGGAGCAGACAGCAGAAUCAGGUACACUUCCGCUCUCACAUAUGACGCUGUGCAAGUAAUGACUGAGGCGUUCCGCUUUCUGCAUAAACAGAGGAUUGACAUCAGUCGCCGUGGCAACAACGGAGACUGCCUGGCCAAUCCUGCGGUGCCGUGGGCUCAGGGGGUGGAGAUAGAGCGUGCUCUCAAACAGGUGCGAGUGGAUGGAUUGACGGGAAAUAUUCAAUUCGAUCAGUAUGGCAGACGAGUGAAUUACACAGUCAAUGUCAUGGAGCUGAAAAACAGCGGCCCUGUGAAGAUUGGUUACUGGAAUGAGAUGGACAAAAUGGCCGUGACAAAAUCUGACCUUUUCCCUAAUGACACCAUGGGAAUGGAGAAUAAAACAGUUGUUGUGACAACAAUCCUGGAGGCACCAUAUGUAAUGCUGAAAAAGAACGCAGAGUUAUUCACCGAUAAUGAACGAUAUGAGGGAUACUGUGUGGACCUGGCCGCCGAGAUUGCGAAGCAUUGUGGGUUUAAGUAUCAGUUGAGGAUUGUGGCAGACGGAAAAUACGGCGCACGAGAUGCUGAGACCAAAAUCUGGAAUGGCAUGGUUGGAGAACUGGUGUAUGGGAAAGCAGACAUAGCUGUAGCUCCUCUUACCAUCACUCUGGUUAGAGAGGAGGUGAUUGACUUCUCGAAACCUUUCAUGAGUCUGGGCAUAUCCAUUAUGAUCAAGAAGCCACAGAAAUCCAAGCCGGGUGUCUUCUCUUUCCUGGACCCGUUGGCCUACGAGAUCUGGAUGUGCAUUGUAUUCGCCUACAUCGGAGUUAGCGUCGUGCUCUUCCUUGUUAGCCGCUUCAGCCCUUACGAGUGGCACACUGAGGAGUUUGAGGAUGGGCAGCUGGGCCCUAGCGAAUCUACGAACGAAUUUGGAAUCUUUAAUAGUCUGUGGUUUUCUCUGGGCGCUUUUAUGCAGCAGGGAUGCGAUAUUUCGCCAAGGUCGUUGUCUGGCCGUAUAGUUGGUGGUGUGUGGUGGUUUUUCACCCUCAUCAUCAUCUCCUCAUACACGGCUAACCUGGCUGCCUUUCUCACUGUGGAGAGGAUGGUGUCACCUAUCGAGAGUGCUGAAGACCUGGCCAAACAGACUGAGAUUGCAUAUGGGACAUUGGAUGCAGGCUCCACCAAAGAGUUCUUUAGGAGAUCUAAGAUCGCUCUCUUUGACAAGAUGUGGCAGUACAUGAAGAGUGCAGAGCCUUCUGUGUUUGUUAAAAACACGGUGGAAGGCGUUUUGCGUGUCCGAAAAUCCAAAGGCAAAUAUGCUUACCUUCUGGAGUCCACUAUGAACGAAUACAUCGAGCAACGCAAGCCCUGUGACACCAUGAAGGUCGGAGGGAACCUUGACUCUAAAGGCUACGGCAUCGCUACACCCAAGGGAUCUGCUUUAAGAACGCCAGUAAACCUUGCAGUAUUGAAACUCAGUGAGCAAGGCAUCUUAGACAAGCUGAAAAACAAAUGGUGGUACGAUAAGGGAGAAUGUGGAGCCAAGGACUCUGGAAGUAAGGAGAAGACUAGCGCCCUCAGCCUGAGUAAUGUUGCGGGCGUCUUCUACAUCCUGGUGGGUGGCCUCGGGUUGGCCAUGCUGGUCGCUCUGGUGGAGUUCUGCUACAAGUCUCGCGCGGAGGCCAAACGCAUGAAGAUGACGUUCACAGAUGCUAUGCGCAGUAAGGCCAGGUUGUCUAUAACGGGCAGUACAGGAGAGAACGGGCGAGUGCUGACUCCAGACUUCUCUAAAGCCGUCCAUGCUGUGCCGUACCUGAGACCUGGCAUAGCAAUGCCUGUGAGUGUGAGCGAGCUGUCCUGAGUGCCUUACACACACACACACACACACACACACACACACACACACACUGGUGCAAGCAUGCUGUACCCACUUUAAUACAUAUCCAAACACGUGUACAUAUUCUUACACACAUCGACACUAUAUAUACAUACAUAAUAAUAGUUAAUUAUUCCAUAUACUAUGAAUCAUGACACCUACACACAGAAUGUCAGAUCCAUACAUGCAUAGACACGUCAACACAUGUUUACUGUUCAGUGCAAUCAUAUUUUGACCAGCGUUGAUGUAUACAACCAACAUUUGCAAAAAACAUGCUGACAGACACAUAAAAAAGUAUACAGGCACAAUGCUGUGUGUACAUAUGCAGAUAACUUCACAAACCUUGUGUAGCCACAGACCUUUAAUGUUCCUUGUUGUGUGCAUUUUACAUAACUGCAUUUCCAAGUUCUCAUUUUGUCACACACUUGAAUACGCACAUAUAAAAUGACCUCAUUUUGCUCAUUUAUUCACACACUUGCCCCACUUCAGUUUUCAUAGAUGUUUUUUACAUUGUAAAGUGAUGACGUUGCAAUGCUGCACUGAGGAACAACGUUACACAUUGAAAAUCUCCACACCUGUUUCCAUAGCAACGUGUUUUUGGAAUCUCUGAUUCUCAAGAACUCAAGCACACGAAACAUCUCCAUCAAAUGUGAUUUUGUUUACUUAAACUACAUGACAUAUAUAUAUUUAAAAAAAAAAAAACGUUUGUCUAGAAUCAUUUCUUAUUAUAUCAGAUAUGUAUAAUAAAUUAUGUAUAUAAUUACACUUUUGUUCAUUUGAUGUUAAUGUUACCAUGCAAAUGCUUGACUUAAAGAAAAAACUAAAUGAUUUGAGUAGUUCUGUUUCUCCUGACUGAUGUUAAUUUUUUGGAUCACUGUGUUCGGAUCUGUUUUUUCUUGCUUAUGGGCGAUGCAAGCAGUAGUUUUAUAAUUCUGUCUUUUGAUUAAAAAAGAAACAUUAAAGAAUAUUUUACCUUCUGCAUAACACAAUUUAGAUGGUAUACUGAAAGUGUUAUAUUGAUUGAGAAGGAUCUGUAUAUAUAUAUAUAUAUAUAUAUAUAUAUAUAUAUAUAUAUAUAUAUAUAACUUAAUAUAUUACAAUACCCCAAAAUGCCAAAUAUUGAUGUGUGCCAAAAUAUGUCAAGGCAUUUCAGAUGCAUUUAUUAAAACUGUCUCUGUUUGAGAAAAUGUAAAGCCUGAAAAUUAGCACCCUGUAAUCAGGGGUUUGUUAUUUAUGUCAUAUUUGUUUUUUUGUUUUGUUUUGUUUUUCAUAUCAAAUGCAUUGUACUUUUAAUAAGAUGCACUAUGAUAUGCAGUUUUAACUGUGAAAAGCAUGACAACCUUUCGUUAUGUUUGCUUUAUAAAAGCGAUGAUUAUAUCACUAAUAUUAGUUAACUAGGACUUUAAUUUAUGUAGUCCAGUUCUGAUCUUAAGACUAAGAGAUGGAGAUGAUUAUUAUAGAUAGUUAUAUUGAUAAAGUAUAAGCCGAUCACCCUUUUCUAUGCCAUGGCGUGUAACUGAAAUCUUGUUCAUUAGUUUUAUAUGUAUAUGUACUGUACAUGUAAAUAGAAACCGUUCAUGUGUAUAACUUAAAAUCUUAGUUGAUACACCAGUUCGCACAAAUGCACACAAGAGGAUUGCUCAUAUUGUGCAUUUGGGAGCACGUUUGGGAACCUGUGACUGUCAUACCAAGCUGUCUCUCACAUACAGACACACAAAUGGACUUGUCAUCACUAUCUUCGUUUCAGUUGGAGAGUCUGCCAUGGGAUGAAAUGGAGGACGUUUUUCUUAAUGGAAUGUGGACUGAUUGCUUUAUUUUUUGGAAUCUUUUGGAAUAAACAGAGACUGAGAAUCCUCUGAUAUUCUGUUUUCAUCUGUUUCAUGGGAAGGAGAAAAGUGCCACAGGAGGGGGUUGACAAGCAUUUCAGCUAUUCACUCAUAAAUUCACAUCUUGGGUUUUUCCUUUCUUACAGAACAUGUGGAAACAUAUGUGGAAUAUUCCUCACAUUAAGCUACCAAAACGAAACUGUGAGCAACAAAAUCUGUGUUGUCAUGUUUUUGUGACAGGUGCAGCUUAACAGAAAUGCAGCAACUGCUGCAACUCAAUGACCUGGACUGAUAUAUAAAGAAGCUAAAUAAUUCCAUUAGGACAAAAUGUAUUUUGAAUAAAAAUGUAAAAUACAAAAUAAAUGUAUAUAAUUUAAAAUAC